CAUUAUGGUACUGGGCACGUCAUUUUUCUACUUCUUCCAGAUGCUGAACAAUUGGCCGAGGGUGCUGAUGUUUAUCUGGGAGAACUCGCGCGCUUCCCAGAUUACCCAGAUGGUCAUAGAUGUGGAAAUUCUUUCGAGUUCAUUGAACCUCCACCAUAACCGCCUCAUCAACUCGCCAACGGACUUCGAGCAAUUCUAUGGACUCAAGAACAUCUCGUCCUGCGUCUUCUCGGCCCCACCUAAUGCCACCUACCACUGGCAGCACUUCUUUGAAGGCGAGAAACUGAGCAAUUUGCAAACGAAAACUUGCUACGUGACUCUGCGCUGCGUAAAAGAGGGCACGCAUACCGUACACCUAUCCGUAACAAACUCGCGAGGUGAGAUCAUCAGCGCAGGAAGUAAAACAUUCGAAUCUCAUCCCAGAUGGGUGGCUAUUGUUGGUGACUCGUUCGCUUCUGGUGAAGGGAAUCCUGAUGUUCAACAAAGAGAAGACCACAGAGCACAAUGGUUAGAUGGGAGAUGCCAUCGCUCCGGCAAGUCGUUCGCCGCACAGGUGUUCAGGGAGAUCCAGAGCGUGAAGCAAGAUCUCUAUCUAACCUACCUGGCUUGCGCAGGAGCCACUGUGGAGAGCGGACUUCUAAAGGUGAAGGGCCAGCUUAGCCAGCUCGACGUACUCGAAAGCAUCUCAACAAUGAGAGGACGAGGGCCGGACAUUGCUAUUCUUACUGCAGGUGGCAAUGAUAUCGGCUUUUCUGAUAUCAUCAACUCUCUUCUCCAUGAGAGUUCUAAAGCCGUUGUGGGCUUACUGGACAUGAGGUUCUUCUUCGUCUCGCACCUUCUGGACAAUGUUGCUGAGCGCUUCAAUGCUUUGGGUGCUCGAAACAUCUUUGUUCCGCAAUACUUCGAUUUCACUAAGAACGAACGUGGUGAGGUCGAUGCAAGCUGCCUAGCAUAUGGAGAGAUGACGACGUCCAGCAUGAUGUUUGCCGAGCGUGCUAUUUUACGUCGUCUGAAUCAGCUCCUGCUCAAGAAAGGAGCACAACACGGUUGGCGAGUUGCCAGCACAAUUCCUGGGCUCUUCGCUCGUGCUGGCAUUUGUUCCUCACACAGUUUCAUCAGAACGAGAGAAGAAUCGCUCGCAUUGCAAGGCGACCCGUUCGGAGCUUUUCAUCCUAGUGAGGAAGGACAUCGUGCUGUAGCCGAAGAACUUAUCAAACUGCUGAAGAAGUCAGGAACUCUAGAAUCUUUGCUGCAAUGA